AUGCUGAGCCGUACUGUUCUGCCUUUGGCGAGGCACCGGGUCCUGACCUCGACGGUCCGGGCGUCGUCUCUCUCUAUCCAGCACUCGCGUCUGUACGCGAAGAACGUCAAACCGAAGGCUCCUUAUAAGCUUCCUUCAUCCCCCAAGCCAUCCCAACCCGAAGCGCCAAAGGUGACUCCUAGUGCCCAACAACCAGAGUACUCGGCAGAGCAGCCCGAGUUUGAGACGAAUGCCGAACCCGAGACCAACACCGCGCCUCAGGCUCCCAAGUCGGACCCCACGGUGACGGAUAAGGUCGCACAGAAACCACUUCCAGAUCUUACACAAGGCAUUCCAUCCACCCUCGCUGCGGAGAUGGAUGCUCGCUCGAAAAAGCGUAGCGGACCCUUGAACCUGACAGAGGAUCCGUCUCGUGGGGAAGAAUACGAGGGCGACGGCGGGCGUGGCGACCACCCCAAGGAUGCCUACGAGUCUUCCCUCGACCGCCGGAGAGCGCGGAUGGCGAAUGUCAUGUCUGCCAUCAUGCUUACGGCUGCGAUUGGAGGAACCGUUUACAUGGGCCGCAACUGGGAUACGGAGGAGGAAGAGAACGCCCAUAAAGUGGAUGCUCCGUCGGGAUGGGGACUUGGCCUCUUCUACAACCGUAUCAAGGCCCGUCUGGGCGAUUUUACCAGCUACUACAAGGACCCAGCGUUCCCCAAGCUGCUCCCCGACGAGGACCCGAAACUCCGCCAACCAUACACCCUGGUGCUGAGUCUGGAGGAUCUUCUGGUGCACAGUGAAUGGAGCCGUGAGCACGGCUGGCGUGUGGCUAAACGUCCCGGCGUCGACUAUUUCCUCCGCUAUCUCAACCAGUACUACGAGCUUGUCCUGUUUACCAGUGUGCCCAGUAUGAUGGCCGACCAGGUUCUCCGCAAGCUGGACCCUUACCGGAUCAUCCGCUGGCCAUUGUUCAGAGAGGCGACCCGAUACAAGGACGGAGAGUACAUCAAGGAUCUGUCGUACCUUAACCGUGACCUUUCCAAGGUGAUCCUGAUUGACACCAAGGAAGAACAUGCCCGCCUGCAACCCGAUAAUGCCAUCAUCCUCGACAAGUGGAACGGCGACCCCAAGGACAAGACGCUGGUAGCCCUGAUCCCAUUCCUGGAGUACAUGGCCGGUAUGGGUGUGGAGGAUGUCCGCACGGUGAUCCAGUCAUUCGAGGGCUCUUCGAUCCCCGUUGAGUUUGCCAAGCGUGAGAAGCUCAUGCGCGAGCGCUUCGAGAAUGAGCUCGCCGAGGAGAAGAAGAAGCGCCCCCGCCGCGGCGGCCUGGGAAGCCUGGCCUCGGCGCUGGGCGUCAAGCCGCAGACGGUGACGGGUGAGCCGAGCGCUUCGGAGGGCUUGGCCGAGGGCAAGAUGCUCUGGGACCAGAUCCGUGAGCGCGGCCAGAAGAACUACGAGCUGAUCGAGAAGGAGAUCCAAGAGAAUGGCGAGAAGUGGCUGGCUGAGAUGGCUGCCGAGGAGGAGAAGGCUAGACAGGAGCAGAUGAAGAGCAUGAAGGGCUCCUUCACCGGCAUGUUUGGUAGUGGUGAUAAGCAAUAAACCCACAUAACAUCCACAUGCUUUUUUUUGAGCCCUUCUCGGAGAUCCCGCUAUAGAUUUCUUGACAUCUCUCUCUCUCUCUCUCUCUCUUUCUCCCCUUCUUCGGGACUGGCAUCGGGCCUGGUCGGUUUGUAACAUAGCAGUAUGAUUGUUAUCCUCGUUUUUUUUUGCCGUGUGUAUAAAAUCCAUAUCAUGUUUUUUAAUGCUUUCUUUUUUACCCUUUUCAUCUCAGGGCGCGCCUACAGAUUGGUUUUUGAUAUGGGAGCUGGCACUGGCAUGCUUCAAUAUAUGAAGAAAAGAAGAAAUCUCACAACUCUUAUAAUUCACAUAUACAACAUAUACAAAUAAGGCCUCUUCAGUUGAAUGUAUAGGGUCAUCUCAAAACCAAAGAUAAUUCAUUUCAGCAAGUAGAUCCAUCAAGGGAUAUAUCUAUAUCGAGAGUUGUCUGCAGACGUCACC